AACUGUUCCCCAUGAAGAGAAAUCUUUUGCCAUCGGAGUCCAGUUUCUGCUCAUGAGAGUGCUUGCCUGGUUACCAGCCCCAGCCCUGUUCGGCAUGACCAUCGACAGCUCCUGUAUCUGGUGGAAACAUGCCUGUGGCAACCGGCUGGGCUGUGGUUACUAUGACAAUAACACCCUGAGGAACAGAUACCUGGGUCUGCAGGUGGGCUUCAAGGUGAUGGGGAUCUUCCUGCUGGGACUGGCUGGAUGGAAGGUCCAGAGGACCAGGGAGUACAACCUGGAAAAACGGCCUGAUGGACCACUGUGAUCCUGGGAUACGACUGCCCGCUUGGCUCC